AUGGAACUAUUCAAUCAAAUAGCCAGCCCACUCAUGAUCGUAAUAUUAACUCUAGUAUCAAUGUGCCUUGUUAUUUCUGCUUUUUGGAUGGUGAUUUUAUCAAAAACAGACACGGCUGAAACUUUCAGAAUGUUUUGUGCAUUUUCUUUGGCAAAUAUUUCUUUAUUUUUCAUCUGCUUACCGAGCCAAAUUGUAGUGGAUACCAACACUUACGUAUAUAACUCAUGUUACAGUUGCAAUUGGUAUGAUUAUCCAACAAAAUCACGAAAAUACUUUCAAUUAUUUAUUUUGAGAUUAUCGAAAACUUUAGUGGUUCCAGCUGGACCAUUAGCCAAAUUAAACUUCGAGACGUACGGAAAUAUUAUAAAAACAUCUUUGUCGUAUACAACAGCUUUAAUGUCGAUAUAUCUAUAAUAUAUUCGUUAUUAUUAAUGGUAAUCUCAGAAAUGA